AUGUUCGCGAUUCUUCGAGGAAAACGAUUCAGGUUCUCACCGGAGCUCUCUAUUUUGGCCGGCCGUCAAUUUUGGGCUUCUGAAAAUGCGGUCUUUUCCAGGGCGUUCACCACCGGGAAACCACCGCCAGGUGUUCGCGAAAAUGACCCUGGGAAAUCGUUCACCUUCUCCUACCUCGUCAGCUCAUGCGGAUUGGCUCCAGAGGUCGCCGUCCGCGCCUCCAGUAAACUUCAUCUGAAAUCGCCUGAAAAUCCUGACGCCGUCUUGAAUCUCCUCAGAGAGUACGGAUUCACGGCCGCUGACAUCUCUGUGAUGGUCGCCCGGUGGCCGAACGUUCUCUCUGCCUGCCCAGACAGAACCCUCUUGCCCAAGCUCGAAUUUUUCACCUCCAUUGGCGUCCCCCUCCCCAUACUGGCCAGCAAGCUGUCCCGAAACCCUAGCGUCUUAUCGUACAGCCUGAAGUACACAUUAAUUCCCUCACACGAUAUCCUGAAAAACCUGCUGGGGUCGGAUAAGCUGGUAGUGCAAGUCUUUAAACGGGCUCCUCUGAUCUUCGGCUGGUGUCUGGCCGGCGACUUCUCGUCCAACCUCUCGAUGCUUGCGGCCCGUGGGGUCCCCUCAUCGUCUCUCAUAUCGCUGGUCACGAGCCAGCCACGCGUGCUCGUGGCUUCUCCAGAGAAGCUAUCCUCGCACGUGGAUCGAGCAAUAGAAAUGGGGUUUGUCGUGUCCAGAGAUGCAUUUUUGAAGGCCAUUUGGGUUUUUGUUGGUUUUGAUGAGUUGACCCUUAAGCGCAAAAUGGAAGUUUAUAGAAAGUGCGGUUGGUCGGAAUCCGACAUCAGGACCGCCUUUCUGGGUCAGCCGCUCUGUAUGGCCUUGUCCGAGAAGAAGAUUUUGGAAAGUAUGGAUUUUCUGGUUGAUAAAUUAGGGUGGGCACCAGGAGACGUGGCCCGGUGCUCUUGGAUUCUUGGGUACAGCCUCGAAAAGAGAAUGAAGCCGAGGUGGGCGGUUGCUGAGGUUUUGAGUGAGAAGGGGCUGAAGAAUGCGGCUGUCACGUCUUUGCUGACUUCCCGAACUUUUGGACAUUUAUCGAGGCAAUCAAAUGCUGGCCCGCACCUCUUGAAUUGGUUUCCGGAUGAUUAUUUCCAGAAUCUUGUUCUUUAUGUUACAUCGCAAUCCUCUUUGGUUGAACUGGAGUUGCAGGCCGAACAGUAUUUUGAUGAGUCGAUUGAUGGUUUUCUGUUUGUGGCAAUAUACACACUAAAACGCGAUACCCCUUCCCUAUUAAUGCCGAAGAAGACUAUAUACUGA